AUGUAUAUUAGAUUUGUGAUAUUGUUCGCGUGUCUAAUCCCUUUCGGGCCAUCUAGAGCUGUUCGUCAGGAAGAAGUCAAGGGCGGACCAUGUAAUGGAGUUACUCAAGGAAUAUUGACCUUUAUUAAGGAUCAUAAGAACCUAGAAAGUGGAUGUAUGGUCACUGCUGUGUUAAAGAAGGACACGUUAAAGCUACUCAGAGGCAAUGAAGAACUUCUUAACAUAAAGUUGGAGACGAUUACUCCUCCGAUUCUGAUUGUUCCAAACUCGAACGAAUGUUUCGUGGUUCCUUCAGAAUCUAAAAAUCUACUUUUAUGCUCCGCAAAUGAAUACUCGAGGGACUCUUGGUGGAUGCAGAUAACAAAGCAAAUCCUUUGUAACAACCAAGGAGCCCUAAGGAAUGAAAUUUAUGGCGAAGCCUCCGUGGAAGAGCAACACAUGGACCUAGAACACAUGUUCGAAAAUAGGGAUAAUAGAUCUGGAAUAAACAUACACAUCGACGGAACAGAGGAGAAAUUACCACAGAUCAAGGUACAUUACAAAAAAUAG